AUGGCAAAGGUGGAUCUGUCUAGGAUAUCUCUGAGGCCAUUCAAGCUAACAGACGUUGACGAUUUCUUCUUAUGGGCAGGUGACGACGAAGUAACCAAACACAUCCGAUGGAAGACAUGCUUAUCAAGGGAAGAAGCUCUAGCUUUCAUCAAAGAUGUCUGCAUACCUCACCCAUGGCGUCGUUCUAUCUGUCUCGACGAUCAUUCCAUCGGUUUUGUUUCCGUAUAUCGUUGGUCGGGUGAUGAUAGGUACAAAGCUGACAUAGGUUAUGCUGUUGCUGCUAACUAUUGGGGACAUGGAAUAGCCACAAAAGCAAUCAAAAUUGCACUGUCUCGUGUGUUUAAUGAUUUUUCUGAUUUGUUAAGGUUGCAGGCUUUUGCUGAUGUUGAUAAUAAGGCUUCUCAGAGAGUUUUGGAAAAAGCUGGGUUUCUUAGAGAAGGUGUUCUUAGACAAUAUACUAUUAUCAAAGGCACUGUUAAGGAUUUAGCAGUGUUUAGUUUCUUGUCCGCAGAUGAAAUUCCUCACGUUGACUAG